GGUCUCUCCCGCCUGACGCUCCUUUGGGCCGGACGCCGCCGGAGCCGCGAGUGGCCCGCGAUGUUACUCCCGCCGCUGCCGCUGUUGGAGCCCCGCGGCGCCCCCGAAGCCCGAGCGGCGGGGCCCGAGAUCCUCCUGGGCCAGGGACAGGCCCAGCCCCGCGAGCAGCGCGGCCGAGGAGGCGCCGAGGAGGAAGAGGAGGAGGACGCGGAGGAGGAGGGCGAGGAGAGGCAGCCGCGAGGCCGCGCCGGGGACAUGGCCGGAGGAGCGGGCAGCGAGAGCUCCGAGGCUGCGUCAGCCGCCCAGGAAGCAGCCGAGGGCGCCGCUCCCCGGUGGGGCUCCCAGCACGCAGGAGCCCGGGAACUGGCCGAGCUCUACUCCCCUGGGAAAAGACUUCAAGAAUGGAUUAGUGUCAUCUUGUGCUUCUCUCUGAUGUCUUUCAACUUCUACAAGCUCCUCUUCUGCUUGAGACUGGAACAUGCCUUCUCAAUUAUUGUUGCGAUACUUGCAGGAGUCAUUACAGCUGACUUCUUCUCUGGCCUGGUGCACUGGGGAGCGGACACAUGGGGAUCUGUAGACCUGCCAAUUGUUGGAAAGGCUUUUAUUAGACCUUUCAGAGAGCAUCACAUUGACCCAACAGCAAUUACUAGACAUGACUUCAUAGAAACCAAUGGCGAUAACUGCAUGUUGGCGGUGCUUCCAUUGGCAAAAAUGGCCUACAAAUUGGUGUCUUUACCACCAGAAGCAUUAUACCAAACGUGCCCUUGGGAGUGUUACGUUUUUGCCCUGGCUGUAUUUGCAACCUUGACAAACCAGAUUCACAAGUGGUCUCACACCUACUUUGGUCUUCCUCACUGGGUCAUCUUCUUACAGGACUGGCACAUUAUCCUGCCACGAAAACAUCACAGGAUCCACCAUGUGUCUCCUCAUGAAACUUACUUCUGUAUUACUACAGGCUGGCUGAACUACCCAUUGGAGAAAAUUGGAUUUUGGAGGUUCCUGGAAAAUAUCAUUCAAAGACUAACGGGGGAAAAACCUAGAGCAGACGAUAUGAAAUGGGCUCAAAAAAUAAAAUAACCCUUGCCAGGCUUCUGCUGUCCUUAUACUUGUUGCCAAUAUUUUUAAAAGAAAAAAAGCCAUCAGCCAAAUUAAAGACUUGAAAAGAAAUAAUGGACUAAAAGCACAACGCUUUUAAGAAGUGCUAACAGACUGCAAGUUAAAGGACUCACUCUUCAAAAUAAUACUUGAAAAUGCAAAUGGCUUGUUUCCAUUUGUACUGAGCACCUUCUGUUAGCCACACCUGCCGAUGUUGAACGUUUUCAUCCUCGAGUCUCAAAAGCCAUUAGUCAGAGAAGACAUUACCAUUUCUAGUCAGAUAGGUCGUCGGCACCAUAAAAAUGUGUUGUAUCAACAUGAUUUUACCACUUUAAAAGUAGUACGAGACAAUGUGGAAUAGCACCCAAAAUAGCAAAGGAGCACUAUAGGUUAAGGAGCAGAUUCAAAUCUACUGCAUGAGAAUCAGUCUGAAGAAAGGAAGAUCAUGAAAUUGUCAUCUCUUCAACGCAUUCAGUGUUUCGUACACUUUCCAGUUGCUUCAUCUUGCUAUCAUGUCAAGUCUUAGUCCGUGUUGUGUGUGCAGCAGAGCACUGGGGAAUCAGCGAGUAUAUUGAAGGGUCUUUGCUGUUGUCUGUCUCUUAAAAUAAACAAGUGUUCUACUUCCUUGAUAUUUGAGCAGACCAUUGCUAUGUAAGCCUGUAACUAAUGGUAGCAAUCUGAGGAAAAGCAGAUCCUGUUCUGUGCGAGUGUCAAACAUAUAAAGCACUUGUAUUAGGUCACUUAGUAUGAUAAUUGGAUUUGUUCCAGUAUGAUCUCUCUUCCAAUAAUCAUUGUUUAAAGUAGAUCUAGAAAAUUGGACACAUCAUGAAAUUUAUAUUAGAAAGAUUAGGUUAAUGGUAUGUACUUUUAAAGGUGCUUGCUCAUCCAUGUAAAUAUCAUGAAGCCUUAAUCUAUUUGGUGUAACAUGGAAUAAUAUUUUAAUGUGGUCUGAAUGUACAUAAUUUAUAACAAAGCAGUUCAAUUAUACUAAUUGUGUUUGUUAAGUCUUAUUGCAAUUCACUUUAUUUUUGUGGUCUGAGGUUUAAAGUGUAGCUCUAGAGUUUUGUUAAGGAGCAAUUACAAACUGUAGAGCACUUUUAGUAGAUGUUGAGCAAACUCACAGGGCCAAGGGUGGAUUUCUUGAUCCAUAUAAAACGUUAGAGGAAUAUUCUAUGGUAUAAAAAAACAACCCUCUUUUUUGUGACACACUUCUGUGCCUCAUCGAUGAACAGCCUUUCAUUGCACCUGCCUGUUUCAAAAACACUUGCUCCCACUUGUAUUUUUCAGGAACAAGAUUCUUCAGUUUUCAAGUACAAAAUCCCUACAUUUAUACCUUGGUUCUACUAUAAUUUGCAUGGAUGAUUUUGGCCUUGAUGUUCUAAGUGUGGGUGGAAAUUCAAAAAAGAGGACCAUUUUCAUAUUCAGUGUUACUGAUGAUGAAAUAAUAAAAAAUAGUUGUCAAGGCUGUUUUUCAAGGUAAAAGUCCCCCUUUCCCCUUAAUGAUGGAUUAUGUGAUGAAUUGAAAAAAAUCAGGCCAUGAAAACAAUACUUAGUGCAUAAAUUAUGAUCAUUUCCCCAGAUUGGCAGUCUCUGGUUGAUUUGGACUAUCAUUCCCAUGAGCCAUAACCAGUGGUCAGGGAUGAUGAGGCUUUUAGUCUAAAAUAUUUAUAUACUUUUUGGUUGAGAGUCUAAACCAAAAUAAAAUAGUAGCAGUUGUUUUGAAGGCAGACUGGUAUAAUACAUCUUCAAAAUAGUAUGCCAGUAAAGAGGGACCCAAGUGCACAGUGUUGGAUAUAGUGUUCUGUAGAUGUGGGGCCACCACAGAAGAGGCUUUGUUUCCAAACACUUGUUGGUUGUACUACACUCACUGAUGGACCAAAGAGCAGGGGCAUAGCUCCUGAUCCUAGAGCAAUUCAAGUGGUCUUUCAAUCAGAACACAGGCUGUCUCUUUCUCAAAUUUUCAGCCCAUCCCAGAUUACACCAUUCUCUUGACUCUUAGUGUGUUUCAGUGAAACAGUCCUAUAUUUAUGUAUUUUAUUCCAGGAUUUUGCAUUUAAACUUAGUCAUCCCUUUGUAUCCAAAGAUUCAACCAUCCAUGUCUUUGAAAUACUUCCCCUGCAAAGCAAAAUACAAUUUUGCCAUUUUACAUAAAAGAUGUCAUUUUACAGUGCCACUGUUUAUAAUGAGAGAUGAGCAUCCACAUAUUUUGGUAUCCAUGGGUAGCUCCUGGUCCCAAAUCCCAGCAGAUACUAAGGCCACGCUGUAUAAUGCUUUUGUCACCAUGGAGUUAGUGUGCCUUCCUCCAGCCACACUCUGUCACAACUGUAAUUGUAGCCUUAAACCUCCUAAGGGAGGGCAGAAGGCAAACCGUAUGGUGAAAAUGUGUGUACUUGCAUAUGAAGAGAAGUACAGAAUUGUAUGUGUUUCAGACAAUAUUAUCACUCCAGUUUGGACUGUAGGUCUUACAGUGAGCAGAGUUGCCAGCAAAAAUAUAUCUAGGAGCAAAAUGUUUUUGUUUGUUUAACAGGGUUAGGCUGUAUACAAGUUUCACUGGGCACAAAAACAUUGAAUUGCCAGGUAAGUAAUUUUCCUGAGCAUUGUUGUUUUGUUUAAAAGGUAACAAUAAAUAUGUGUUGUGCUUACCAGCUACAUAGGAUACAUGUAAUCCCACUUUCACUUGGUUUUCCUUCCCGGUUUUGUUUUUUGGAACAACACUGAAGCUUGUAUCAAUAUGUCUGCAUUUGUUACCUAGUUACAUGCUAACCCCUGCUUUCUCAUAGCUUUCAUCUUAGUUACUGGAAAUGCAAGGUGUGUUCAGUUUGGCGGAAGAUAGAAGCUAACACAAGACUGCAAAAGGCAUAUUUACACUGCAUAGUUAUAGCACUAUGGUUCUACUUUUAAUUGUCAUGACUGCAAUUUGCAGAAUCAUGGGCUUCGUAGUUUGGUGAGGCCCUACGUAUCUCUGGCAGAGAAUUCUAAAUACUAUUUAAUCUUGCAAAUCCCAGGAUUCCACUGGCUAGAACCAUGGUGGCUAAAGUGGAAUCAUAGUGCUAUAAUCGUGUAAUGUGGAAGGGCCCUGGUAGAUAGAACCUGGAUGGUUGUAUCAAGUGGAUAACAAUGAAAGCACAAUAGGUGAGAUUUGGUGUUUUGAAAAAUCUUUCAUAAGAUUAACCUUGGUAAUGGUGAUUCUAAGUGAACUAAAUUCUGUCUUUAAAAUGGUUGUACAAAAUGUGCCAAGCUGAGCGAACCUUACAAAUCUGACAGUAGUGGAAUGGACAGCUUUACUGGUUUUGCUUUAUGGUGCACAAGAUCGGAAUCCUGUGGUGUAUGUUAAACUUUGUAAGAGGAUUACUGGAAACCUAAAAGAACACAAGAACUUUAAAAUGUUUCUUAUUAAACAAAAAUAAUCCACUGA